GGCGUAGUGAGGUGAGGUGUGGUGGCACACGUCUCACUCAGUCAGUCCCAGAGCCGACACACACGCACGCAGUAAAGAGUGAUGUUGGCCCCACGCCAUGCAGCACCAGGAAGAGGGGGAGGUAAAGAAGGAGGAAUAACAGCGACAAGAGGAGGAAGAGGAGUGGGGUCGUGGGGAAUGUUUCCUUCCCUUAGAUACCUGAUGGUUUGGGUGACAGUGCUAAUCCGCGUCAGUGGCAUCCCCUACGAGUCUCCGCCUCAACACCAUUCCCAGCAGGAGGUCCACGUCGACGACCCCCAGCAAGAGUUCUUUGUCGACGACCCUCCCCAGCAAAAGUUCUUAGUCAACGACAGCCUCCUACAGGAACAGGGAGUUGACUCCUCCAUCUAUCAGGGAUACAACCACACGAUCACAGAGGAUAAGGAGGGGAAAUUCAUCUUCACGGUAAUAAGAUUCCCCAAUCUACUGUGCGGGUCAGGGCUCGAAACUGGUACUUGCUACACCGUCGAGCAGUGUGACGAAUUAGGAGGCAAGAGUGUAGGAACCUGCGCUGUUGGCUACGGUACUUGCUGCCAAGUUCGUCAGGUCGGGUGUGGAGGAAUCAUCAGGGUCAACAACUCGUGGGUGGUGUCGCAGGAUUACCCAGGAUACUUCAGCAAGGCUCAGACUUGUACCUACAAAGUCUACUUCGACGACAACACCGGCAACAUCUGUCAAAUUCGCUACGACUAUGACUCGAUGGAGCUUGUUUCGCCCUCUACCAAAGGAGUUUGUGAAAAGGACAAGUUAGUGUUCCAGGAGGACCACAAGUCGACGUACUUUUGUGGGAAGGCUCCUGACAACUAUCACUGGUACGUAGAGACAGCGGGCACAACGAGCCCACACACUUUCACCAUCACUACUGACUACACCAUCUCCAGCCGCCGUUACGGUAUCAGAAUCUCCACCAUACCCUGCAGUUUGGAGGUGCCAACUUUCUGUGGGCAAUACUUCACUGUUACCAGCGGGACCAUCACCUCCUACAAUUACAACAAUGGCGUCUACCUGGCGGGUCUCCAGUACUCAAUCUGCUUCAGGAAGGAGGUUGGCUACUGCACAUACACACUCAAGAAAACGAGUGACAAUCAGUUCAUUGGUUACCCAGACACAUUACGCUUCAUGAUGGGAGAUGGUAUACCUACCUUACCAAACACUGCUCUCUUCUCCUCCACCAUCCUGUGCCCAGACGCUGCCGUGACUCGGUCUACUCUAUACUAUACUUCAGUAUUGUGUCUGUACCCAGUGGCCAUGACUUCUGUUAACACUCACGCUCCGUUUUUCGUGACGAUUCGGACACAGAUCGACGCGUUCGACAACUGGAACACUCUCGUCAAUGACUAUUCAGGCUUUGACUUCGACUGGACAGCCAACAAUUGUUCGUGAAAGAUACCAUCUUAACCGAAGCCAACCUAAUCUAAAUCACCUUUAAGGAAACUAAUUUAAACAUAUUUAACCGAAUCUAAAUUAACUUAAAACAUUUUAAACGAUUCAUUAUGCGUAUUUUGUAGGGUCAAGUACUCUUGGUAACAUUUUUUUGUCCAUGAUAAUAUUAUUUUGAUAAUAUUGGGCUGCCAAGUGUCCUAUUAUUUGUGCAAAAAUUUUCUUAUGU